CAUGUGAGCAAGAUAAUCAAGUCUGGUGCAAUAUGGGAGGAGCCUGUUCAACAAGUGAUCUUCAACCAAGUCAUUACCAAACACACUGAUGCGGCAAUCGUAGACAUCGGAGCGAACUUAGGCUCUUUUAGCAUAGUUGCGGCAAAAUUAGGUCGACAGACCUUUGCUUUUGAUCUGACCAUGGACACUUUGAGGUACCUGUCACAAUCAGUGCAUGUGAACAACUUAGAGGGGCUUCUGCACGUGUACCCGACAGCUGUGAUGGAGAAGAGAUUCCAGUGCAUUGGUCGUCAGUCAAACCCCAACAGUACGCUGAACCCGGGCGGCAACAGCGUCAAAUUCAUUGAAAACUGCGAUGAAGAAGCAUCACCUGUGGCGACGCUGGAUGACUUGCUUCCUAUUUUUCACAAGAUGGGAAUAGAAAAAGCGAUCAUUAAAGCGGACUGCGAGGGGUCCGAACCAGGGGUGGUUUUAGGGGGCCAGAAUUUCCUCAGAGAGAUAUCAGUGCCAUUCAUUCAGAUGGAAUGGAACAUAGUGAAACAAGAUUUGAAAAAGAAGGACGCAAAUUACAAACACAUGGUCAACUUGGCCCUUCAAGUGAUGUCAGAUUUGAAAUUCGUACCUGUAACUCUGGGUGGAACUCUUGAGAACAGUCUGGAAAGUAAACAUUAUUCCGAAUGGCCUUAUGAAAUAAAUUGGAUCAAGAGAGAUAGUUAGAUAUCCAACCUUUUAUUCUGUUAAUUAAUGUUAUGCUGGAGGAAUAUCUUAUUGAGGUAAUUCACAUGUUUAAA